GUUACUGUUUUCAAUUGCUUCUUGUAAAAUUCUAACGUGGAUAUUGCAUGAAAAAGCUUUUAUAAAAUGCAAAUACUAACUAAUAAGCCAUAUGUGUUCAGUAAACAAGUCACAAAAACACCCGUGACUUUCGGACAAUAACCGGAAUUUCGAGGUUUUUAUAGGUCCAUGAAGGCAGCAUAAUGACGUACACUGUUUUGCUUUAAUGGCGCGAUCAAGAGGCUAACCCUCUACUUUCUUGGCAAUUUUUGGUUCUAUUACCAUUAUUGGAACUUGUUAAGACUCGUGUUUGCUUCAGGUUAGUAAGAUACUUGUACUGUACCGAGUAACACAGGGUCAGUUUAAUGGAGGGUUCAUUGGUAAAAGACAACCCGCUGCUUCUACCUCUCAACAAGGAAAAAACGGCCUAUGACGGAUUCAUCACAGUCCAGGAACGGCACUUCAGACUGAGAAUACUUCUGCAAACAGAUCAACAACUCAAAAAGGCCAAGUUCUAUUGCAGUUGGCAGUUAAAACACUUUUUAUGUGGAUAUGAGCACAUAGUGAAGCAGAGGCUGCAGCAGUCGGCUGAUCUUGUCAGUUUCAUUCUAGAGCUAAAGACUGUCUUGGAAAUGGAGCUCAAGAGCCGUCCUAAGCGCAGCAAUAUUGCAGCCCCGAAAUAUUACUCCCAGCUCAUCACUGAGAUUGAGAGUCUUGGUUGGGACAAGCUGCUUUUUAUAGACUCAGAGUUCAAAAUGCUGAGAUUAAAGGCAGAAGACUCCUCUGGAAGGCAGCAUAUUCUCACUCUAAAACUCAAGCCUAAGCACCCAACGAAGGCUCCAGAAUGCCUAGCUGACCUGCCGGUCCCUCUCGCCAUAGCAUGGACCUCUCAGACCACGCUGCAGCAGCUCCACAACCAGUUCAUGAUGGUUCUGGAGUCCCUCACAGAGUUCUGGAAUGUUUUAGAUGAGAUAGACAGCCAGACUUGGAUUCUGGAGCCUGAAAAGCCCAGCCGGGCUGACACCAUGAGGCGGCUUGCUAUUGGAAACAAUGUCUCCAUCAAAGUUGAAGUGGAUCCCAGACAUCCAAAGAUGCUUCCUGAGUGCUUCCUGCUUGGAGCUGAUCAUGUGGUGACUCCAUUGAGGAAUAGGCUGAAUGCCAACAUACACUUGUGGAACCCGAACUCCAGCGUCUUGCACAACCUCCGGGAUGUUUUGGAGAUCAUGUUUCCGUCACCUACCACCCACGAAAAAUCUGAUUUCAGAGCUGAGUGUGCAAUUUGUUACUCCUAUUGCCUCAAAGCCGCAAUCCCAGACCAGGUGUGCAAUGACCCCCGCUGCGGUCAAUCCUUCCACCAGACCUGUCUUUAUGAGUGGCUGCGAGCACUGCCCUCCAGCAGGCAAAGCUUCAACAUUGUUUUUGGAGAGUGUCCUUACUGCAGCAAGCCCAUCACAGUGAAGAUGGUGAUGUAGAAGCCCUGACUAGUGAGUCUGUGUUCCACGCAAGUCCAGCUCCACUGUGGAAACCCGCCUGCAAACAAUACUAACUGUACAACGAGCUCAGGAGUUAGUUGUGUUCUUUAAAAAUAGUUUGAAUGCAAGAACAGCACCCAAGAAAAGAAGGGCACCUAUAAGCAAACAACUGUACCACAAGCCUGUCCAUUGUGUGGGACCAGCUUCCUGCACUUUGGAAUCAGACCGCUGCUGAUGACUACAGUCGACUCUGUAGCAGGGAAGCCUCUCUACCCGUCCUUCCCUGUAGCCUGUAUGUGCUUGAGUUCUAGUGUCACAGUUAGUGAAAGCGUGUUUUCUUCUUUGUGGGUGAAUCCUUUCUUCGGUGCAGGUUAUCGGCUGGCCAUCAGUUCUCCUGGUGGUCUUUUUGGAUUUAGUUUUCUGUUGAAGAGAGUGAUUCAAAGGUUUGCUGUUUUGGAACUCACAAAAGCAUGAAACUGUUCUACUGUGUUGCACUGGUUGAUUUGAGAAAUAAAUUAACUUAAAAUAGUGAUUUAUAUCAUUGUAACCAGCUUUAGAAAAAAUCUUUUUUAAAAUACAGCUCAUGGUUAUGGCUGUAGCAGAUUCAAAAUGGAACACAGCAAAUGGCAAUACAUACAGGUGCUGGUCAUACAAUUAGUAUUUCGUCAGUUGGAUUUAUUUUACUGUUUCCAUUCAAAAUGUGAAACUUGUAUAUUAUAUUUGUUCAUUACACACAGACUGAUACGUUUCAAAUGUUUAUUUCUUUUAAUUGUGAUGUUAUAACUGACAACUAAUGAUAACCCCAAAUUCAGUAUCCCGGAAAAUUAGAAUAUUACUUAAUACCAAUACAAAGAAAGGAUUUUUAGAAAUCUUGACCACCUGAAAAGUAUGAACAUGAAAACUAUGAGCAUGUACAGCACUCUGUACUUAGUUGGGGCUCCUUUGCCUGAAUUACUGCAGCAAUGCAGCAUGGAGUCGAUCAAUCUGUGGCAUUGCUCAGGGUUUAUGAGAGCCCAGGUUGUUCUGAUAGUGGCUUUCAGCUCUUCUUGUUUUGUCUGGCAUAUCGCAUCUUCCUAUUCACAAUACCCUAUAGAUUUUCUAUGGGAUUAAGGUCAGGCCAGUUACAAACCUGUUACAAAAUGUUUUCAGCGGCUUUUUGAUAUAUUGAGCCAGUUUUGCUUUAAUCAGUGACUUUUUCCACAACCAUCCAUCAGAUAAUAUAUUUAUACAGCGUUACUGGCAACUGAUUUCACUGGCAAAUUAACACCAGGGAUACCAUGGUCCUUAAAGUCCUGUUGGAAAAGAAAAUCUGCAUCUCAAUAAAGUUAGUCAGCAACAGGAAGCAUGAAGUGUUCUAAAACUUUCUGGUAUAUGGCUGCGUUAACCUUGGACCUCAAAAAAUACAGUGGAUCAACACCAGCAGAUGACACGGCACCCCAACCAUCACUGACUGUGGAAACUUUACACUGGAGCACUUAGCAGCAGUCCAGUCCUUUUUUGUCUUAAGCCCACGUGAGACACUCCUGAUGCUGUCUGUUGUUCUAGAAUGGCUUGACACAAGAUUUAUAACACCUGAAACCCAUGUCUUGCAUAUGUCUGCAUAGUAGUUCUUGAAGCACUAACUCUAGCUGCAGUCCACUCUUUGUGAAUCUCCCCCACAUUUUUGAAUAGGUUUUGUUUCCCAAUCCUCUCCAGGGUACGGGUAUCCCUAUUGCUUGUACACUUUUUUUCCUACCACACCUUUUCCUUCCCUUCCCUCUGUGCUUGGACAGAGCUCUGUGAAUAGCUAGCCUCUUUUGCAGUGACUUUUCGUGUUUUGCCUCCUGGUGCAAGGUGUCAGUGGCCGUCUUUUGGACAGCUAUCAAGUCAGCAGUCUUUCCAAUGAUCGUGAACUCGACUGAGAGACCAUUUAAAAGCCUUUGCAGAUGUUUUGAGUUAAAUAGCUGAUUAGAGUGUGGCACCAGGUCUCUUCAAUAGUGAACCUCAAAAUUUCUUAGAUACUGAAUUUAUUAGUUGUCACUUAUAAUCAUAAUUAAAAAAUAAACAUUUGAAAUAUAUCAGUCUGUGUUUAAUGACUCAAUAUAACUUACACGCUUCACUUUUUGAAUAUAAUUAGUGAAAGAAACCAACUUUUUGAUAACAUUCUUAUUCUGUAAUGACGAACACCGAUGUGUGUGUGUGUGUGUGUGUGUGUGUGUGUAUAAGAAAAAAAAACAUCCUGGAUGCUCCAAUGUCUUGAACUUAAACCUGUUUAGAUUGAGCUCUGGGGCCUAUUGGAGGGCCUCUGAUAUAGCAUGCAGGGAUGGGCCUGGGUUUGGCCACCUCUUGCUUCUGCUGAUCAAUGGCACCCCCAUUAUCAUUUUCUUUGUAGUUCUUUACAGAUGUUAGCCUUUGUGAUCUUCUGACAGAAAGUAAAAUCCCAUUUUCUUUCUGUAAGAAUAAAGCAAAGCAGUUUAUUAUUAAUCAGUUUUGACUGGUACUUGUUGAAAAUAUUGGGUAUAUAUACCCAACGUGCCCUGCAUAUUAUUUUUUAGAUACAGAAGUCAGAAGUUGAAUUUUUUAGCUCCAUGUUGAAACUAUAUAAUCUGCUUUACAAGCAUGACCUCAAUGUGUUUUGGGGUCAGAGCAAAAGAUUGUUACUGCUGUGACUUUACCUGAUGUGAUGGAACUUUCAUGAGCUGUGUUCCAGCUAGCCCUUGUUUGAACUUAAUUUCUUCCUGCACAGUUUCAUCUGCUUUUGGUGUAGCUUUGAAGGAUCCUCUGGCUCGAUCUACUUUCAGCUAAGAAGGAAACAUCAUUAAUUGAUUAAUUUUAGGAAGAUAAAACCUUUGUGCUACCUGUGUAUUCACAGUUUUUUCAGCCAUGUUCAUGUCUACAGUGUUAGUACCUUCUGUUGACUUCAGGUCCUUUAAAACUGUUACAAAAUGUUUUCAGCGGCUUUUUGAUAUAUUGAGCCAGUUUUGCUUUAAUCAGUGACUUUUUCCACAACCAUCCAUCAGAUAAUAUAUUUAUACAGCGUUACUGGCAACUGAUUUCAUUGAAUGGCCUUUAUCUCAACUGACAUUUUUGCUAGAGCGCCUGUAAAUGGCCACUUCUGUUUAAGGGAUCAAACUGGCCAGUACUUUUACAUGGAAAUUAAAUGGCACAAGGAGAUGAAAUCAGGAGAAUAAUUGGAGAUGCCCUGCACUGUGUUGUAUGUCACUCGUUUCUUCAAAUUGGGCCAUUGAGAGGAUGCUUGCUGUGCCCGAGGGGUCAAGAAGCGAUUGUGGUGAAUUUGAAAAGAAUCGUGGUUCUUCACUCAGAUUUUGCCUUGACCAGUGCUGGUUGACAUAUGCAAAGGAGCAGAUGUGUUGUCACUGGGGUUAAGCGGCAGGAAAUUUGUGACCAGCCCUGAGGUUGCCAAAAUGUUCAGUUAAUGCAAGAAAUAUUUUCUGAAAAAUACAGGUAUGCUGCAUUCAGUCAUUGUAUCUAUAAUCUAUAUUAUUCCGCAGCAUCUUUACAAUGCAGCUUUACUAUUACUAUUAACAGAUUAUUAGCCAGUGUAUAAGUGAAAAUGCCAUUUUAUUUUCUUUGGAAGUAUUUUGAAUCUAACUGCAAUUACUGUUUUUUUAUGCAGUGAAUGUGUUGUCCAGUGACUGAUGGCUGCAUGAAAAAUGCCUUCACAAUGUUUAAUUUUUAUUGUUUAGUCACUAAAGGUGCAAAGCAUCACAGUCACAUUGAUUGUCUACAUUUUGCAUAACAUAUUCUCCUGUGUCAGACAGGAUGUGGAAAAUCAUUCAUUAGCACAUUUUAUGGUCUUCAUUUUAGCAUUCACAUAUUUGUGUCAGUCCUAAUAACUGACAGCAAUUGAAGGAGUAGUUGUGUACAUGUGUGUAUUUACACUGAUCAGCCACAACAGUUACACCACCUGUUGGUUUUUAUGUGGUGGUGGACUGGCUACUGCAAAGGCAAUAUUGUAGCAAGCAUGUUCUAUGGGCUUUAGCUUUGUUGUUUUGUAAGCUGUCUAGUGACUAUUUUUCAUGCUGUAUGUACUGGACUGGACAUGUUUUUAUUUAGAUAUUGUAGCACACAUGUUGUUCUUUUUACAGUACAUUCUCACCUUUUCUUUGUUGUGGUGAUCUGCCACCCCAGUUGCAGACUCUCCUACAGGGAUGGAAAACUCCAGUCUUUCCUGUCUUUCUUUUACACCGUUGGCUAAUAUGUCUUUAAGAUACUGGUAGUCAGGCUUAUCCUGGUAAUCCAGAGUUCUCACGUAAGUGAGUAAAUCAGCCAAUUCAUCUUUGAACAAAUCAGAGCACACAAAAUGUAAGAAAUUUGUUGGACCAUCUGAAUAGGUUUGAUACAGGUACAAAACACACUGAACAUACAAUAUAUUGGAAACAUACUGCAUUAGAACUUGUAUCUGUCACCCACACACCAAGUGUUGGUGUGUGGGUGGUGAUGCAUACCCUCAUGCUUAUCUGUGGCGGGCAGUUGGGCCUUGUCAGCAGAGAAGCACUUAGUCCCAACUAUACAUCACACACUAUGCACACACAGGUGUGACCUCUUUUUAUAGAAAAGAGAUAAAACAGCAAACUUUGAAAGGCGCAUCAGCGAGACAGUUAGCUAAUUGGUGCAAAGUUAUUUGUAGCCUCAAGGAGACUUUGAUUAGACAUUAGCAAAAUUUGCUGCAGUCUGGAUCAUUGUUUAUGCUUAUCUCUAUAGAUGAAUUUAGAUAAUCUAUUUUAAACAAAUAGGCUCUGGCAAUUUUUAGACCGUCAUUAGCCUAACUUGGAAAAAUGCAGUAUUCUCAUUUAUUUCACUGCAAAUGCUGCAUAAAAUGAUUGCUUAGGAAUUCAGUACUCCAGGUAAAAAGCUUCAAGACAGUGAUUUUUUUUUCCUUCAAGGACACUAGUUGCUAGAACAUCUGGUCAUUGUGCAUGCUUUAUAUUUUUAUGACUGGAAACCAACCACAACAAUACAAUUCAAUACAACACCUGUCACUUGUGUGUCCUGUGACUACCACUACCUCAAUUUGAAGAUGCCCUUUGGCCCUACGUUACAGUACAUACCUGCACUGUCCCCAAUCCCCGGCAGUUGCUGAACUGAGUCUGGAAGAUUUUCCAUCAGUCUUGGAGAGAAUCAAAGUAAGAAAAGGAGAAAGGAUGUGAACACAAAAGCAUUUCAAAGAUGAAGUUCAAGGCCAAGUAAAGUAAGGUAGGGACAAUGCAGCAGAGGGAACGUUAAUACUAUCCUUAGGUUAAGAUUCACAAAUGUACCGUAUUUUUUGCCGUAUAAGACACACUUUUUUUCCCCAAAACUGAAGGGGAAAAGUUAGUGAGUCUUAUGGUGAAGACGAGUGGGGGACAAUGGUGGACUUUACAGUGAUGAGUGGGGGCAAAGACAAAACGUACCAGUAUGUUUGUCUUGUUUGUUUUUUUUACUGAUCCGAAAAAGAUCCGAUCUGUGACUCCUAAUCCAUGGAACGAUCUGAACCGUGAGUUCUUUCACUUUCACUGUUUACUGACUUUACUGACAGUUCAUGUUACAGGUUCGGCAUACAAUUGUUCUUAAACUGCUGUUAACUUUCAUAAAGUUGAUAUAAAAUAUUUUACUACA